AUGGAAAGACUCCUUAACUUUCUGGUCCAAUUCUCUCUGGCAAAGCAAAAAUGGUCAAAUCGCUUGCCUCAGUUCAAUCUCCUUCGUUUUUGCCUCAAGCCUGAUUCGAGGAGCUUAAUAACUAAGAUCGUGAAAUGCUGUUGCCCGGAGGAAGAGUUGGAGAAAUACAGGUUCCAGGCGUACAUGGAAAAAGUUCCUAGAGAGCUGCAAGAACUUGUACUUCGUGAGAUGAAGGCAGCAGAGCAUGAUGCUGACGAAAGUGGUGAAGCUUCUCUUAAGGAAAAGAGCAAAUGGAUCUCAGAAUACAUGAUGCAUCUCCUGGUUAAUCUCCCUGAAAUGCUAUCAGUUCCUUCCGGGCAAGUUAUCUACGAGCAUGUACGCACAGUCAUCAAGAAGCUCCAGGAUUUGAAACCGGAAAUGAAGGAUGACCAUUCAGCCUGCCAAUUCCUACAAACUGUCAAACUCCCUGACCAUGCCGCCAAAAAGCCGGAAGAUCCUUUCUUUGCAGCAAUCGUGCCUCUCGAGCGCCCAUUCACCUCUCUCAGUGAAGGGCUCAAUACAUCACUGAUGCUCGACCGCCUUUAUCUCACAGAAAAUCCCGUUUCCCGCCAAAACCAAAAACCCCUCCCUCCCUUCCCCGCUCCCUCCCCUCUUCUCUCUCUCUCUCUCUCUCUCCUCGACUCGUUCAGACACGUUCCUCCGAUCCGUCUAGGGUUCCUCCUCUGCAACCGAGACGAGGCGGGGCCACGGCAGAGCCCGAGCGGGAGCCAUGCCGGACCUGGGCGUCAACCCAUCCUCCCUCUCCUCGCCUCUCGCCGUCGCGGCGGCGGCGGCGGCGGCGGCGGCUCCGGCGGCGGCUCGGGCCUCAAGUCGGCCCCUCCUCGCGGCGCCGCCGAGGGCCCCCUCCCGCACCCGCCGAAAACCCUAGGCGGAGUCCCCGACCGCGAGCCGGCGCGGGAGAGGAACCGGCACUCGCAGAACUGGGGCGCCGCGCCGCCGCCGCGGAGGAACGCGGCGAGGACGCUGGAGGACUACGUCGGGGACUGGGCCGAGCGGAAGGUGGGGUCGGGCGAGGCGCGGUCCCAGUGCUUCCUCCCGUUCCUCGUCGGUGCCAAGAGAAUGGCGAAAUGCGUCAUUUGCCAUCAUUUUAUAUUCCCCGAUGAGGAGUUGCAUUGUGUGGUUCGUGGUUGUAAUGGGACCUAUCACUCGUCAUGUGCAAAGGAAAGGCUCGGGGUAUCCAAUUUGAAGAAUUUCAAGUGUCCACAACAUGCAUGCUUCAUCUGCAAACAGAGACAACCACACUGGCGAUGUGUGCUGUGCACUUUAGCCUCACAUUAUAAGUGUGCGGCAUGGCCGGAAAAGGUGAUGCAUUUGAAGAAUCCACCAGGUCGAGCUGUCUGUUGGAGGCAUCUGACUAAUUCACGUUUACUGGUCGGGUUGGCUGACAGGAUUACAUGUUUGUUGAAUGAGCAGCAUGCUGUUUCGACAUCAGACAUAGAGGAAAUUUUCAGUCGCUUACCUACACCUUAUGAUGAAGAGGAGUUUAAGUUUGAUAUAACAAUGAAAGACAUGAUUGAAAAUAAGAUGGAGCCACCUCCAUACGUGCACAUUAGGCGAAAUAUUUAUCUUAUCAGAAAGAAGCGUGACGAUGUUGGUGAUGGUAUUGGAUGCUCAAGUUGCAGUUCCAUGUGCUCUGAUAAUUGUGUGUGCAGGGUCCAAUGCAUAAGCUGCUCAAAGGCUUGUCGUUGCCCAGAAAAUUGCAACAACAGGCCAUUUCGGAAGGACAAGAAGAUAAAGAUUGUUAAAACAGAAUUCUGUGGUUGGGGUGUAGAGGCAGCUGAAUCCAUAAAUAAAGGGGAAUUUAUCAUUGAAUAUAUCGGAGAAGUUAUCGAUGAUGCUUUAUGUGAAAAAAGGCUUUGGGAUAUGAAAUUUAGAGGCAUGAAGAAUUUCUACAUGUGUGAGGUACGAAAGGACUUCACAAUUGAUGCAACAUUCAAGGGAAAUGCAUCUCGCUUUCUUAACCACGGCUGCAAUCCUAACUGUUUCCUGGAGAAGUGGCAAGUUGAGGGGGAAACAAGGGUGGGUGUUUUUGCAGCUCGGUCAAUAAAAGUUGGUGAGCCACUAACAUAUGAUUACAGAUUUGUACAAUUUGGUCCCGAGGUGGAGUGCUGCUGUGGAUCUCAAAACUGUCAAGGAUAUCUGGGAACCAAAAAGAAGAUAGCCAAGUUAGAGGUUUGCUGGGGUUCAAAACGCAGAAGAACAGCAGCUGCUUAUGUAGCCAUUUUAACUUUGUGAUUUGCCACAGGCCUUUGUUCGCCAGAAUCAUCGAUGAUGUACAUUCUUUACUAUGAACAGAAAAAAAAAUAAGACCGAGCUUGACAAGCGAAAGAGACUCUCCCAGUCAGUCACCAAGACAAAGCUUUCCUUUCAGAGAAUACAAGCCUCUGUCCACACCAUUGGACCUCCGUCUGGUUCAUCUGCAGUUCUUGGUUGGAUUUGCAUGAAUACUGGCCAUUUGAAUCAUGUACGAGAGAUUGAUUGUUUCCUUCAGUUUGGUUCCACUUCCCUUGUAUUCUUUUAAGUCCCUAUAUACUGAAAUUUUUUACUGGACCCCCAGCUAAUUGUAAUUUGACUUUGAUCUGAUGAUGAGUGGUAAUAUUAUGAUUUGUUCGAUUCA